AUGAUGAUGUACGCCAGGCCAGGGGUGAGAAGCAGGCAGAGCAUGAUGAUGUACGCCAGGCCAGGGGUGAGAAGCACGCAGAGCAUGAUGAUGUACGCCAGGCCAGGGGUGAGAAGCACGCAGAGCAUGAUGAUGUACGCCAGGCCAGGGGUGAGAAGCACGCAGAGCAUGAUGAUGUACGCCAGGCCAGGGGUGAGAAGCACGCAGAGCAUGAUGAUGUACGCCAGGCCAGGGGUGAGAAGCACGCAGAGCAUGAUGAUGUACGCCAGGCCAGGGGCCAGGGGUGAGAAGCAGGCAGAGCAUGAUGAUGUACGCCAGGCCAGGGGUGAGAAGCAGGCAGAGCAUGAUGAUGUACGCCAGGCCAGGGGUGAGAAGCAGGCAGAGCAUGAUGAUGUACGCCAGGCCAGGGGUGAGAAGCAGGCAGAGCAUGAUGAUGUACGCCAGGCCAGGGGUGAGAAGCAGGCAGAGCAUGAUGAUGUACGCCAGGCCAGGGGUGAGAAGCACGCAGAGCAUGAUGAUGUACGCCAGGCCAGGGGUGAGAAGCACGCAGAGCAUGAUGAUGUACGCCAGGCCAGGGGUGAGAAGCAGGCAGAGCAUGAUGAUGUACGCCAGGCCAGGGGUGAGAAGCAGGCAGAGCAUGAUGAUGUACGCCAGGCCAGGGGUGAGAAGCAGGCAGAGCAUGAUGAUGUACGCCAGGCCAGGGGUGAGAAGCAGGCAGAGCAUGAUGAUGUACGCCAGGCCAGGGGUGAGAAGCAGGCAGAGCAUGAUGAUGUACGCCAGGCCAGGGGUGAGAAGCAGGCAGAGCAUGAUGAUGUACGCCAGGCCAGGGGUGAGAAGCAGGCAGAGCAUGAUGAUGUACGCCAGGCCAGGGGUGAGAAGCAGGCAGAGCAUGAUGAUGUACGCCAGGCCAGGGGUGAGAAGCAGGCAGAGCAUGAUGAUGUACGCCAGGCCAGGGGUGAGAAGCAGGCAGAGCAUGAUGAUGUACGCCAGGCCAGGGGUGAGAAGCAGGCAGAGCAUGAUGAUGUACGCCAGGCCAGGGGUGAGAAGCAGGCAGAGCAUGAUGAUGUACGCCAGGCCAGGGGUGAGAAGCAGGCAGAGCAUGAUGAUGUACGCCAGGCCAGGGGUGAGAAGCACGCAGAGCAUGAUGAUGUACGCCAGGCCAGGGGUGAGAAGCACGCAGAGCAUGAUGAUGUACGCCAGGCCAGGGGUGAGAAGCAGGCAGAGCAUGAUGAUGUACGCCAGGCCAGGGGUGAGAAGCAGGCAGAGCAUGAUGAUGUACGCCAGGCCAGGGGUGAGAAGCAGGCAGAGCAUGAUGAUGUACGCCAGGCCAGGGGUGAGAAGCAGGCAGAGCAUGAUGAUGUACGCCAGGCCAGGGGUGAGAAGCAGGCAGAGCAUGAUGAUGUACGCCAGGCCAGGGGUGAGAAGCAGGCAGAGCAUGAUGAUGUACGCCAGGCCAGGGGUGAGAAGCACGCAGAGCAUGAUGAUGUACGCCAGGCCAGGGGUGAGAAGCAGGCAGAGCAUGAUGAUGUACGCCAGGCCAGGGGUGAGAAGCACGCAGAGCAUGAUGAUGUACGCCAGGCCAGGGGUGAGAAGCAGGCAGAGCAUGAUGAUGUACGCCAGGCCAGGGGUGAGAAGCAGGCAGAGCAUGAUGAUGUACGCCAGGCCAGGGGUGAGAAGCAGGCAGAGCAUGAUGAUGUACGCCAGGCCAGGGGUGAGAAGCAGGCAGAGCAUGAUGAUGUACGCCAGGCCAGGGGUGAGAAGCAGCAGAGCAUGAUGAUGCCAGGGGUGAGAAGCACGCAGAGCAUGAUGAUGUACGCCAGGCCAGGGGUGAGAAGCACGCAGAGCAUGAUGAUGUACGCCAGGCCAGGGGUGAGAAGCACGCAGAGCAUGAUGAUGUACGCCAGGCCAGGGGUGAGAAGCACGCAGAGCAUGAUGAUGUACGCCAGGCCAGGGGUGAGAAGCAGGCAGAGCAUGAUGAUGUACGCCAGGCCAGGGGUGAGAAGCACGGCAGAGCAUGAUGAUGUACGCCAGGCCAGGGGUGAGAAGCAGGCAGAGCAUGAUGAUGUACGCCAGGCCAGGGGUGAGAAGCAGGCAGAGCAUGAUGAUGUACGCCAGGCCAGGGGUGAGAAGCACGCAGAGCAUGAUGAUGUACGCCAGGCCAGGGGUGAGAAGCAGGCAGAGCAUGAUGAUGUACGCCAGGCCAGGGGUGAGAAGCAGGCAGAGCAUGAUGAUGUACGCCAGGCCAGGGGUGAGAAGCACGCAGAGCAUGAUGAUGUACGCCAGGCCAGGGGUGAGAAGCAGGCAGAGCAUGAUGAUGUACGCCAGGCCAGGGGUGAGAAGCACGCAGAGCAUGAUGAUGUACGCCAGGCCAGGGGUGAGAAGCACGCAGAGCAUGAUGAUGUACGCCAGGCCAGGGGUGAGAAGCAGGCAGAGCAUGAUGAUGUACGCCAGGCCAGGGGUGAGAAGCAGGCAGAGCAUGAUGAUGUACGCCAGGCCAGGGGUGAGAAGCAGGCAGAGCAUGAUGAUGUACGCCAGGCCAGGGGUGAGAAGCAGGCAGAGCAUGAUGAUGUACGCCAGGCCAGGGGUGAGAAGCAGGCAGAGCAUGAUGAUGUACGCCAGGCCAGGGGUGAGAAGCAGGCAGAGCAUGAUGAUGUACGCCAGGCCAGGGGUGAGAAGCAGGCAGAGCAUGAUGAUGUACGCCAGGCCAGGGGUGAGAAGCAGGCAGAGCAUGAUGAUGUACGCCAGGCCAGGGGUGAGAAGCACGCAGAGCAUGAUGAUGUACGCCAGGCCAGGGGUGAGAAGCACGCAGAGCAUGAUGAUGUACGCCAGGCCAGGGGUGAGAAGCAGGCAGAGCAUGAUGAUGUACGCCAGGCCAGGGGUGAGAAGCACGCAGAGCAUGAUGAUGUACGCCAGGCCAGGGGUGAGAAGCAGGCAGAGCAUGAUGAUGUACGCCAGGCCAGGGGUGAGAAGCAGGCAGAGCAUGAUGAUGUACGCCAGGCCAGGGGUGAGAAGCAGGCAGAGCAUGAUGAUGUACGCCAGGCCAGGGGUGAGAAGCAGGCAGAGCAUGAUGAUGUACGCCAGGCCAGGGGUGAGAAGCAGGCAGAGCAUGAUGAUGUACGCCAGGCCAGGGGUGAGAAGCAGGCAGAGCAUGAUGAUGUACGCCAGGCCAGGGGUGAGAAGCAGGCAGAGCAUGAUGAUGUACGCCAGGCCAGGGGUGAGAAGCACGCAGAGCAUGAUGAUGUACGCCAGGCCAGGGGUGAGAAGCACGCAGAGCAUGAUGAUAGCAUGAUGAUGUACGCCAGGCCAGGGGUGAGAAGCAGGCAGAGCAUGAUGAUGUACGCCAGGCCAGGGGUGAGAAGCAGGCAGAGCAUGAUGAUGUACGCCAGGCCAGGGGUGAGAAGCACGCAGAGCAUGAUGAUGUACGCCAGGCCAGGGGUGAGAAGCAGGCAGAGCAUGAUGAUGUACGCCAGGCCAGGGGUGAGAAGCAGGCAGAGCAUGAUGAUGUACGCCAGGCCAGGGGUGAGAAGCAGGCAGAGCAUGAUGAUGUACGCCAGGCCAGGGGUGAGAAGCACGCAGAGCAUGAUGAUGUACGCCAGGCCAGGGGUGAGAAGCAGGCAGAGCAUGAUGAUGUACGCCAGGCCAGGGGUGAGAAGCACGCAGAGCAUGAUGAUGUACGCCAGGCCAGGGGUGAGAAGCACGGCAGAGCAUGAUGAUGUACGCCAGGCCAGGGGUGAGAAGCAGGCAGAGCAUGAUGAUGUACGCCAGGCCAGGGGUGAGAAGCAGGCAGAGCAUGAUGAUGUACGCCAGGCCAGGGGUGAGAAGCACGCAGAGCAUGAUGAUGUACGCCAGGCCAGGGGUGAGAAGCACGCAGAGCAUGAUGAUGUACGCCAGGCCAGGGGUGAGAAGCACGCAGAGCAUGAUGAUGUACGCCAGGCCAGGGGUGAGAAGCAGGCAGAGCAUGAUGAUGUACGCCAGGCCAGGGGUGAGAAGCAGGCAGAGCAUGAUGAUGUACGCCAGGCCAGGGGUGAGAAGCACGCAGAGCAUGAUGAUGUACGCCAGGCCAGGGGUGAGAAGCAGGCAGAGCAUGAUGAUGUACGCCAGGCCAGGGGUGAGAAGCAGGCAGAGCAUGAUGAUGUACGCCAGGCCAGGGGUGAGAAGCAGGCAGAGCAUGAUGAUGUACGCCAGGCCAGGGGUGAGAAGCACGCAGAGCAUGAUGAUGUACGCCAGGCCAGGGGUGAGAAGCACGCAGAGCAUGAUGAUGUACGCCAGGCCAGGGGUGAGAAGCAGGCAGAGCAUGAUGAUGUACGCCAGGCCAGGGGUGAGAAGCAGGCAGAGCAUGAUGAUGUACGCCAGGCCAGGGGUGAGAAGCAGGCAGAGCAUGAUGAUGUACGCCAGGCCAGGGGUGAGAAGCAGGCAGAGCAUGAUGAUGUACGCCAGGCCAGGGGUGAGAAGCAGGCAGAGCAUGAUGAUGUACGCCAGGCCAGGGGUGAGAAGCAGGCAGAGCAUGAUGAUGUACGCCAGGCCAGGGGUGAGAAGCAGGCAGAGCAUGAUGAUGUACGCCAGGCCAGGGGUGAGAAGCAGGCAGAGCAUGAUGAUGUACGCCAGGCCAGGGGUGAGAAGCAGGCAGAGCAUGAUGAUGUACGCCAGGCCAGGGGUGAGAAGCAGGCAGAGCAUGAUGAUGUACGCCAGGCCAGGGGUGAGAAGCACGCAGAGCAUGAUGAUGUACGCCAGGCCAGGGGUGAGAAGCAGGCAGAGCAUGAUGAUGUACGCCAGGCCAGGGGUGAGAAGCAGGCAGAGCAUGAUGAUGUACGCCAGGCCAGGGGUGAGAAGCACGCAGAGCAUGAUGAUGUACGCCAGGCCAGGGGUGAGAAGCACGCAGAGCAUGAUGAUGUACGCCAGGCCAGGGGUGAGAAGCAGGCAGAGCAUGAUGAUGUACGCCAGGCCAGGGGUGAGAAGCACGCAGAGCAUGAUGAUAGCAUGAUGAUGUACGCCAGGCCAGGGGUGAGAAGCAGGCAGAGCAUGAUGAUGUACGCCAGGCCAGGGGUGAGAAGCAGGCAGAGCAUGAUGAUGUACGCCAGGCCAGGGGUGAGAAGCAGGCAGAGCAUGAUGAUGUACGCCAGGCCAGGGGUGAGAAGCAGGCAGAGCAUGAUGAUGUACGCCAGGCCAGGGGUGAGAAGCACGCAGAGCAUGAUGAUGUACGCCAGGCCAGGGGUGAGAAGCACGCAGAGCAUGAUGAUGUACGCCAGGCCAGGGGUGAGAAGCACGCAGAGCAUGAUGAUGUACGCCAGGCCAGGGGUGAGAAGCAGGCAGAGCAUGAUGAUGUACGCCAGGCCAGGGGUGAGAAGCAGGCAGAGCAUGAUGAUGUACGCCAGGCCAGGGGUGAGAAGCAGGCAGAGCAUGAUGAUGUACGCCAGGCCAGGGGUGAGAAGCAGGCAGAGCAUGAUGAUGUACGCCAGGCCAGGGGUGAGAAGCACGCAGAGCAUGAUGAUGUACGCCAGGCCAGGGGUGAGAAGCAGGCAGAGCAUGAUGAUGUACGCCAGGCCAGGGGUGAGAAGCAGGCAGAGCAUGAUGAUGUACGCCAGGCCAGGGGUGAGAAGCAGGCAGAGCAUGAUGAUGUACGCCAGGCCAGGGCAUGAUGAUGUACGCCAGGCCAGGGGUGAGAAGCACGCAGAGCAUGAUGAUGUACGCCAGGCCAGGGGUGAGAAGCAGGCAGAGCAUGAUGAUGUACGCCAGGCCAGGGGUGAGAAGCAGGCAGAGCAUGAUGAUGUACGCCAGGCCAGGGGUGAGAAGCAGGCAGAGCAUGAUGAUGUACGCCAGGCCAGGGGUGAGAAGCACGCAGAGCAUGAUGAUGUACGCCAGGCCAGGGGUGAGAAGCAGGCAGAGCAUGAUGAUGUACGCCAGGCCAGGGGUGAGAAGCACGCAGAGCAUGAUGAUGUACGCCAGGCCAGGGGUGAGAAGCACGCAGAGCAUGAUGAUGUACGCCAGGCCAGGGGUGAGAAGCAGGCAGAGCAUGAUGAUGUACGCCAGGCCAGGGGUGAGAAGCAGGCAGAGCAUGAUGAUGUACGCCAGGCCAGGGGUGAGAAGCACGCAGAGCAUGAUGAUGUACGCCAGGCCAGGGGUGAGAAGCAGGCAGAGCAUGAUGAUGUACGCCAGGCCAGGGGUGAGAAGCAGGCAGAGCAUGAUGAUGUACGCCAGGCCAGGGGUGAGAAGCAGGCAGAGCAUGAUGAUGUACGCCAGGCCAGGGGUGAGAAGCAGGCAGAGCAUGAUGAUGUACGCCAGGCCAGGGGUGAGAAGCAGGCAGAGCAUGAUGAUGUACGCCAGGCCAGGGGUGAGAAGCAGGCAGAGCAUGAUGAUGUACGCCAGGCCAGGGGUGAGAAGCAGGCAGAGCAUGAUGAUGUACGCCAGGCCAGGGGUGAGAAGCAGGCAGAGCAUGAUGAUGUACGCCAGGCCAGGGGUGAGAAGCAGGCAGAGCAUGAUGAUGUACGCCAGGCCAGGGGUGAGAAGCAGGCAGAGCAUGAUGAUGUACGCCAGGCCAGGGGUGAGAAGCAGGCAGAGCAUGAUGAUGUACGCCAGGCCAGGGGUGAGAAGCACGCAGAGCAUGAUGAUGUACGCCAGGCCAGGGGUGAGAAGCACGCAGAGCAUGAUGAUGUACGCCAGGCCAGGGGUGAGAAGCAGGCAGAGCAUGAUGAUGUACGCCAGGCCAGGGGUGAGAAGCAGGCAGAGCAUGAUGAUGUACGCCAGGCCAGGGGUGAGAAGCACGCAGAGCAUGAUGAUGUACGCCAGGCCAGGGGUGAGAAGCACGCAGAGCAUGAUGAUGUACGCCAGGCCAGGGGUGAGAAGCAGGCAGAGCAUGAUGAUGUACGCCAGGCCAGGGGUGAGAAGCAGGCAGAGCAUGAUGAUGUACGCCAGGCCAGGGGUGAGAAGCACGCAGAGCAUGAUGAUGUACGCCAGGCCAGGGGUGAGAAGCAGGCAGAGCAUGAUGAUGUACGCCAGGCCAGGGGUGAGAAGCAGGCAGAGCAUGAUGAUGUACGCCAGGCCAGGGGUGAGAAGCAGGCAGAGCAUGAUGAUGUACGCCAGGCCAGGGGUGAGAAGCACGCAGAGCAUGAUGAUGUACGCCAGGCCAGGGGUGAGAAGCAGGCAGAGCAUGAUGAUGUACGCCAGGCCAGGGGUGAGAAGCAGGCAGAGCAUGAUGAUGUACGCCAGGCCAGGGGUGAGAAGCAGGCAGAGCAUGAUGAUGUACGCCAGGCCAGGGGUGAGAAGCAGGCAGAGCAUGAUGAUGUACGCCAGGCCAGGGGUGAGAAGCAGGCAGAGCAUGAUGAUGUACGCCAGGCCAGGGGUGAGAAGCACGCAGAGCAUGAUGAUGUACGCCAGGCCAGGGGUGAGAAGCAGGCAGAGCAUGAUGAUGUACGCCAGGCCAGGGGUGAGAAGCAGGCAGAGCAUGAUGAUGUACGCCAGGCCAGGGGUGAGAAGCAGGCAGAGCAUGAUGAUGUACGCCAGGCCAGGGGUGAGAAGCAGGCAGAGCAUGAUGAUGUACGCCAGGCCAGGGGUGAGAAGCACGCAGAGCAUGAUGAUGUACGCCAGGCCAGGGGUGAGAAGCAGGCAGAGCAUGAUGAUGUACGCCAGGCCAGGGGUGAGAAGCAGGCAGAGCAUGAUGAUGUACGCCAGGCCAGGGGUGAGAAGCAGGCAGAGCAUGAUGAUGUACGCCAGGCCAGGGGUGAGAAGCAGGCAGAGCAUGAUGAUGUACGCCAGGCCAGGGGUGAGAAGCAGGCAGAGCAUGAUGAUGUACGCCAGGCCAGGGGUGAGAAGCAGGCAGAGCAUGAUGAUGUACGCCAGGCCAGGGGUGAGAAGCAGGCAGAGCAUGAUGAUGUACGCCAGGCCAGGGGUGAGAAGCACGCAGAGCAUGAUGAUGUACGCCAGGCCAGGGGUGAGAAGCACGCAGAGCAUGAUGAUGUACGCCAGGCCAGGGGUGAGAAGCAGGCAGAGCAUGAUGAUGUACGCCAGGCCAGGGGUGAGAAGCACGCAGAGCAUGAUGAUGUACGCCAGGCCAGGGGUGAGAAGCAGGCAGAGCAUGAUGAUGUACGCCAGGCCAGGGGUGAGAAGCAGGCAGAGCAUGAUGAUGUACGCCAGGCCAGGGGUGAGAAGCACGCAGAGCAUGAUGAUGUACGCCAGGCCAGGGGUGAGAAGCAGGCAGAGCAUGAUGAUGUACGCCAGGCCAGGGGUGAGAAGCAGGCAGAGCAUGAUGAUGUACGCCAGGCCAGGGGUGAGAAGCAGGCAGAGCAUGAUGAUGUACGCCAGGCCAGGGGUGAGAAGCAGGCAGAGCAUGAUGAUGUACGCCAGGCCAGGGGUGAGAAGCAGGCAGAGCAUGAUGAUGUACGCCAGGCCAGGGGUGAGAAGCAGGCAGAGCAUGAUGAUGUACGCCAGGCCAGGGGUGAGAAGCAGGCAGAGCAUGAUGAUGUACGCCAGGCCAGGGGUGAGAAGCAGGCAGAGCAUGAUGAUGUACGCCAGGCCAGGGGUGAGAAGCAGGCAGAGCAUGAUGAUGUACGCCAGGCCAGGGGUGAGAAGCAGGCAGAGCAUGAUGAUGUACGCCAGGCCAGGGGUGAGAAGCAGGCAGAGCAUGAUGAUGUACGCCAGGCCAGGGGUGAGAAGCACGCAGAGCAUGAUGAUGUACGCCAGGCCAGGGGUGAGAAGCACGCAGAGCAUGAUGAUGUACGCCAGGCCAGGGGUGAGAAGCACGCAGAGCAUGAUGAUGUACGCCAGGCCAGGGGUGAGAAGCAGGCAGAGCAUGAUGAUGUACGCCAGGCCAGGGGUGAGAAGCAGGCAGAGCAUGAUGAUGUACGCCAGGCCAGGGGUGAGAAGCAGGCAGAGCAUGAUGAUGUACGCCAGGCCAGGGGUGAGAAGCAGGCAGAGCAUGAUGAUGUACGCCAGGCCAGGGGUGAGAAGCAGGCAGAGCAUGAUGAUGUACGCCAGGCCAGGGGUGAGAAGCAGGCAGAGCAUGAUGAUAGCAUGAUGAUGUACGCCAGGCCAGGGGUGAGAAGCACGCAGAGCAUGAUGAUGUACGCCAGGCCAGGGGUGAGAAGCACGCAGAGCAUGAUGAUGUACGCCAGGCCAGGGGUGAGAAGCACGCAGAGCAUGAUGAUGUACGCCAGGCCAGGGGUGAGAAGCACGCAGAGCAUGAUGAUGUACGCCAGGCCAGGGGUGAGAAGCAGGCAGAGCAUGAUGAUGUACGCCAGGCCAGGGGUGAGAAGCAGGCAGAGCAUGAUGAUGUACGCCAGGCCAGGGGUGAGAAGCAGGCAGAGCAUGAUGAUGUACGCCAGGCCAGGGGUGAGAAGCACGCAGAGCAUGAUGAUGUACGCCAGGCCAGGGGUGAGAAGCAGGCAGAGCAUGAUGAUGUACGCCAGGCCAGGGGUGAGAAGCACGCAGAGCAUGAUGAUGUACGCCAGGCCAGGGGUGAGAAGCACGCAGAGCAUGAUGAUGUACGCCAGGCCAGGGGUGAGAAGCACGCAGAGCAUGAUGAUGUACGCCAGGCCAGGGGUGAGAAGCAGGCAGAGCAUGAUGAUGUACGCCAGGCCAGGGGUGAGAAGCAGGCAGAGCAUGAUGAUGUACGCCAGGCCAGGGGUGAGAAGCAGGCAGAGCAUGAUGAUGUACGCCAGGCCAGGGGUGAGAAGCACGCAGAGCAUGAUGAUGUACGCCAGGCCAGGGGUGAGAAGCAGGCAGAGCAUGAUGAUGUACGCCAGGCCAGGGGUGAGAAGCACGCAGAGCAUGAUGAUGUACGCCAGGCCAGGGGUGAGAAGCAGGCAGAGCAUGAUGAUGUACGCCAGGCCAGGGGUGAGAAGCAGGCAGAGCAUGAUGAUGUACGCCAGGCCAGGGGUGAGAAGCACGCAGAGCAUGAUGAUGUACGCCAGGCCAGGGGUGAGAAGCACGCAGAGCAUGAUGAUGUACGCCAGGCCAGGGGUGAGAAGCACGCAGAGCAUGAUGAUGUACGCCAGGCCAGGGGUGAGAAGCACGCAGAGCAUGAUGAUGUACGCCAGGCCAGGGGUGAGAAGCACGCAGAGCAUGAUGAUGUACGCCAGGCCAGGGGUGAGAAGCACGCAGAGCAUGAUGAUGUACGCCAGGCCAGGGGUGAGAAGCACGCAGAGCAUGAUGAUGUACGCCAGGCCAGGGGUGAGAAGCACGCAGAGCAUGAUGAUGUACGCCAGGCCAGGGGUGAGAAGCACGCAGAGCAUGAUGAUGUACGCCAGGCCAGGGGUGAGAAGCAGGCAGAGCAUGAUGAUGUACGCCAGGCCAGGGGUGAGAAGCAGGCAGAGCAUGAUGAUGUACGCCAGGCCAGGGGUGAGAAGCAGGCAGAGCAUGAUGAUGUACGCCAGGCCAGGGGUGAGAAGCACGCAGAGCAUGAUGAUGUACGCCAGGCCAGGGGUGAGAAGCACGCAGAGCAUGAUGAUGUACGCCAGGCCAGGGGUGAGAAGCAGGCAGAGCAUGAUGAUGUACGCCAGGCCAGGGGUGAGAAGCAGGCAGAGCAUGAUGAUGUACGCCAGGCCAGGGGUGAGAAGCAGGCAGAGCAUGAUGAUGUACGCCAGGCCAGGGGUGAGAAGCAGGCAGAGCAUGAUGAUGUACGCCAGGCCAGGGGUGAGAAGCAGGCAGAGCAUGAUGAUGUACGCCAGGCCAGGGGUGAGAAGCAGGCAGAGCAUGAUGAUGUACGCCAGGCCAGGGGUGAGAAGCAGGCAGAGCAUGAUGAUGUACGCCAGGCCAGGGGUGAGAAGCACGCAGAGCAUGAUGAUGUACGCCAGGCCAGGGGUGAGAAGCACGCAGAGCAUGAUGAUGUACGCCAGGCCAGGGGUGAGAAGCAGGCAGAGCAUGAUGAUGUACGCCAGGCCAGGGGUGAGAAGCAGGCAGAGCAUGAUGAUGUACGCCAGGCCAGGGGUGAGAAGCAGGCAGAGCAUGAUGAUGUACGCCAGGCCAGGGGUGAGAAGCACGCAGAGCAUGAUGAUGUACGCCAGGCCAGGGGUGAGAAGCACGCAGAGCAUGAUGAUGUACGCCAGGCCAGGGGUGAGAAGCAGGCAGAGCAUGAUGAUGUACGCCAGGCCAGGGGUGAGAAGCAGGCAGAGCAUGAUGAUGUACGCCAGGCCAGGGGUGAGAAGCAGGCAGAGCAUGAUGAUGUACGCCAGGCCAGGGGUGAGAAGCAGGCAGAGCAUGAUGAUGUACGCCAGGCCAGGGGUGAGAAGCAGGCAGAGCAUGAUGAUGUACGCCAGGCCAGGGGUGAGAAGCAGGCAGAGCAUGAUGAUGUACGCCAGGCCAGGGGUGAGAAGCAGGCAGAGCAUGAUGAUGUACGCCAGGCCAGGGGUGAGAAGCAGGCAGAGCAUGAUGAUGUACGCCAGGCCAGGGGUGAGAAGCACGCAGAGCAUGAUGAUGUACGCCAGGCCAGGGGUGAGAAGCACGCAGAGCAUGAUGAUGUACGCCAGGCCAGGGGUGAGAAGCAGGCAGAGCAUGAUGAUGUACGCCAGGCCAGGGGUGAGAAGCAGGCAGAGCAUGAUGAUGUACGCCAGGCCAGGGGUGAGAAGCAGGCAGAGCAUGAUGAUGUACGCCAGGCCAGGGGUGAGAAGCACGCAGAGCAUGAUGAUGUACGCCAGGCCAGGGGUGAGAAGCACGCAGAGCAUGAUGAUGUACGCCAGGCCAGGGGUGAGAAGCAGGCAGAGCAUGAUGAUGUACGCCAGGCCAGGGGUGAGAAGCAGGCAGAGCAUGAUGAUGUACGCCAGGCCAGGGGUGAGAAGCAGGCAGAGCAUGAUGAUGUACGCCAGGCCAGGGGUGAGAAGCAGGCAGAGCAUGAUGAUGUACGCCAGGCCAGGGGUGAGAAGCAGGCAGAGCAUGAUGAUGUACGCCAGGCCAGGGGUGAGAAGCAGGCAGAGCAUGAUGAUGUACGCCAGGCCAGGGGUGAGAAGCACGGCAGAGCAUGAUGAUGUACGCCAGGCCAGGGGUGAGAAGCAGGCAGAGCAUGAUGAUGUACGCCAGGCCAGGGGUGAGAAGCAGGCAGAGCAUGAUGAUGUACGCCAGGCCAGGGGUGAGAAGCACGCAGAGCAUGAUGAUGUACGCCAGGCCAGGGGUGAGAAGCAGGCAGAGCAUGAUGAUGUACGCCAGGCCAGGGGUGAGAAGCAGGCAGAGCAUGAUGAUGUACGCCAGGCCAGGGGUGAGAAGCAGGCAGAGCAUGAUGAUGUACGCCAGGCCAGGGGUGAGAAGCAGGCAGAGCAUGAUGAUGUACGCCAGGCCAGGGGUGAGAAGCACGCAGAGCAUGAUGAUGUACGCCAGGCCAGGGGUGAGAAGCACGCAGAGCAUGAUGAUGUACGCCAGGCCAGGGGUGAGAAGCAGGCAGAGCAUGAUGAUGUACGCCAGGCCAGGGGUGAGAAGCAGGCAGAGCAUGAUGAUGUACGCCAGGCCAGGGGUGAGAAGCAGGCAGAGCAUGAUGAUGUACGCCAGGCCAGGGGUGAGAAGCAGGCAGAGCAUGAUGAUGUACGCCAGGCCAGGGGUGAGAAGCAGGCAGAGCAUGAUGAUGUACGCCAGGCCAGGGGUGAGAAGCAGGCAGAGCAUGAUGAUGUACGCCAGGCCAGGGGUGAGAAGCAGGCAGAGCAUGAUGAUGUACGCCAGGCCAGGGGUGAGAAGCAGGCAGAGCAUGAUGAUGUACGCCAGGCCAGGGGUGAGAAGCAGGCAGAGCAUGAUGAUGUACGCCAGGCCAGGGGUGAGAAGCAGGCAGAGCAUGAUGAUGUACGCCAGGCCAGGGGUGAGAAGCAGGCAGAGCAUGAUGAUGUACGCCAGGCCAGGGGUGAGAAGCACGCAGAGCAUGAUGAUGUACGCCAGGCCAGGGGUGAGAAGCAGGCAGAGCAUGAUGAUGUACGCCAGGCCAGGGGUGAGAAGCAGGCAGAGCAUGAUGAUGUACGCCAGGCCAGGGGUGAGAAGCAGGCAGAGCAUGAUGAUGUACGCCAGGCCAGGGGUGAGAAGCAGGCAGAGCAUGAUGAUGUACGCCAGGCCAGGGGUGAGAAGCACGCAGAGCAUGAUGAUGUACGCCAGGCCAGGGGUGAGAAGCAGGCAGAGCAUGAUGAUGUACGCCAGGCCAGGGGUGAGAAGCACGCAGAGCAUGAUGAUGUACGCCAGGCCAGGGGUGAGAAGCAGGCAGAGCAUGAUGAUGUACGCCAGGCCAGGGGUGAGAAGCACGCAGAGCAUGAUGAUGUACGCCAGGCCAGGGGUGAGAAGCACGCAGAGCAUGAUGAUGUACGCCAGGCCAGGGGUGAGAAGCAGGCAGAGCAUGAUGAUGUACGCCAGGCCAGGGGUGAGAAGCAGGCAGAGCAUGAUGAUGUACGCCAGGCCAGGGGUGAGAAGCAGGCAGAGCAUGAUGAUGUACGCCAGGCCAGGGGUGAGAAGCACGCAGAGCAUGAUGAUGUACGCCAGGCCAGGGGUGAGAAGCACGCAGAGCAUGAUGAUGUACGCCAGGCCAGGGGUGAGAAGCACGCAGAGCAUGAUGAUGUACGCCAGGCCAGGGGUGAGAAGCACGCAGAGCAUGAUGAUGUACGCCAGGCCAGGGGUGAGAAGCAGGCAGAGCAUGAUGAUGUACGCCAGGCCAGGGGUGAGAAGCAGGCAGAGCAUGAUGAUGUACGCCAGGCCAGGGGUGAGAAGCACGCAGAGCAUGAUGAUGUACGCCAGGCCAGGGGUGAGAAGCACGCAGAGCAUGAUGAUGUACGCCAGGCCAGGGGUGAGAAGCACGCAGAGCAUGAUGAUGUACGCCAGGCCAGGGGUGAGAAGCACGCAGAGCAUGAUGAUGUACGCCAGGCCAGGGGUGAGAAGCAGGCAGAGCAUGAUGAUGUACGCCAGGCCAGGGGUGAGAAGCACGCAGAGCAUGAUGAUGUACGCCAGGCCAGGGGUGAGAAGCACGCAGAGCAUGAUGAUGUACGCCAGGCCAGGGGUGAGAAGCAGGCAGAGCAUGAUGAUGUACGCCAGGCCAGGGGUGAGAAGCAGGCAGAGCAUGAUGAUGUACGCCAGGCCAGGGGUGAGAAGCAGGCAGAGCAUGAUGAUGUACGCCAGGCCAGGGGUGAGAAGCAGGCAGAGCAUGAUGAUGUACGCCAGGCCAGGGGUGAGAAGCACGCAGAGCAUGAUGAUGUACGCCAGGCCAGGGGUGAGAAGCACGCAGAGCAUGAUGAUGUACGCCAGGCCAGGGGUGAGAAGCAGGCAGAGCAUGAUGAUGUACGCCAGGCCAGGGGUGAGAAGCACGCAGAGCAUGAUGAUGUACGCCAGGCCAGGGGUGAGAAGCACGCAGAGCAUGAUGAUGUACGCCAGGCCAGGGGUGAGAAGCAGGCAGAGCAUGAUGAUGUACGCCAGGCCAGGGGUGAGAAGCAGGCAGAGCAUGAUGAUGUACGCCAGGCCAGGGGUGAGAAGCAGGCAGAGCAUGAUGAUGUACGCCAGGCCAGGGGUGAGAAGCAGGCAGAGCAUGAUGAUGUACGCCAGGCCAGGGGUGAGAAGCAGGCAGAGCAUGAUGAUGUACGCCAGGCCAGGGGUGAGAAGCAGGCAGAGCAUGAUGAUGUACGCCAGGCCAGGGGUGAGAAGCAGGCAGAGCAUGAUGAUGUACGCCAGGCCAGGGGUGAGAAGCAGGCAGAGCAUGAUGAUGUACGCCAGGCCAGGGGUGAGAAGCAGGCAGAGCAUGAUGAUGUACGCCAGGCCAGGGGUGAGAAGCAGGCAGAGCAUGAUGAUGUACGCCAGGCCAGGGGUGAGAAGCAGGCAGAGCAUGAUGAUGUACGCCAGGCCAGGGGUGAGAAGCACGCAGAGCAUGAUGAUGUACGCCAGGCCAGGGGUGAGAAGCAGGCAGAGCAUGAUGAUGUACGCCAGGCCAGGGGUGAGAAGCACGCAGAGCAUGAUGAUGUACGCCAGGCCAGGGGUGAGAAGCACGCAGAGCAUGAUGAUGUACGCCAGGCCAGGGGUGAGAAGCACGCAGAGCAUGAUGAUGUACGCCAGGCCAGGGGUGAGAAGCACGCAGAGCAUGAUGAUGUACGCCAGGCCAGGGGUGAGAAGCAGGCAGAGCAUGAUGAUGUACGCCAGGCCAGGGGUGAGAAGCAGGCAGAGCAUGAUGAUGUACGCCAGGCCAGGGGUGAGAAGCAGGCAGAGCAUGAUGAUGUACGCCAGGCCAGGGGUGAGAAGCAGGCAGAGCAUGAUGAUGUACGCCAGGCCAGGGGUGAGAAGCAGGCAGAGCAUGAUGAUGUACGCCAGGCCAGGGGUGAGAAGCAGGCAGAGCAUGAUGAUGUACGCCAGGCCAGGGGUGAGAAGCACGCAGAGCAUGAUGAUGUACGCCAGGCCAGGGGUGAGAAGCAGGCAGAGCAUGAUGAUGUACGCCAGGCCAGGGGUGAGAAGCAGGCAGAGCAUGAUGAUGUACGCCAGGCCAGGGGUGAGAAGCAGGCAGAGCAUGAUGAUGUACGCCAGGCCAGGGGUGAGAAGCAGGCAGAGCAUGAUGAUGUACGCCAGGCCAGGGGUGAGAAGCAGGCAGAGCAUGAUGAUGUACGCCAGGCCAGGGGUGAGAAGCAGGCAGAGCAUGAUGAUGUACGCCAGGCCAGGGGUGAGAAGCAGGCAGAGCAUGAUGAUGUACGCCAGGCCAGGGGUGAGAAGCACGCAGAGCAUGAUGAUGUACGCCAGGCCAGGGGUGAGAAGCAGGCAGAGCAUGAUGAUGUACGCCAGGCCAGGGGUGAGAAGCAGGCAGAGCAUGAUGAUGUACGCCAGGCCAGGGGUGAGAAGCAGGCAGAGCAUGAUGAUGUACGCCAGGCCAGGGGUGAGAAGCAGGCAGAGCAUGAUGAUGUACGCCAGGCCAGGGGUGAGAAGCACGCAGAGCAUGAUGAUGUACGCCAGGCCAGGGGUGAGAAGCAGGCAGAGCAUGAUGAUGUACGCCAGGCCAGGGGUGAGAAGCAGGCAGAGCAUGAUGAUGUACGCCAGGCCAGGGGUGAGAAGCAGGCAGAGCAUGAUGAUGCCAGGGGUGAGAAGCAGGCAGAGCAUGAUGAUGUACGCCAGGCCAGGGGUGAGAAGCAGGCAGAGCAUGAUGAUGUACGCCAGGCCAGGGGUGAGAAGCAGGCAGAGCAUGAUGAUGUACGCCAGGCCAGGGGUGAGAAGCAGGCAGAGCAUGAUGAUGUACGCCAGGCCAGGGGUGAGAAGCAGGCAGAGCAUGAUGAUGUACGCCAGGCCAGGGGUGAGAAGCAGGCAGAGCAUGAUGAUGUACGCCAGGCCAGGGGUGAGAAGCACGCAGAGCAUGAUGAUGUACGCCAGGCCAGGGGUGAGAAGCACGCAGAGCAUGAUGAUGUACGCCAGGCCAGGGGUGAGAAGCAGGCAGAGCAUGAUGAUGUACGCCAGGCCAGGGGUGAGAAGCACGCAGAGCAUGAUGAUGUACGCCAGGCCAGGGGUGAGAAGCAGGCAGAGCAUGAUGAUGUACGCCAGGCCAGGGGUGAGAAGCAGGCAGAGCAUGAUGAUGUACGCCAGGCCAGGGGUGAGAAGCAGGCAGAGCAUGAUGAUAGCAUGAUGAUGUACGCCAGGCCAGGGGUGAGAAGCAGGCAGAGCAUGAUGAUGUACGCCAGGCCAGGGGUGAGAAGCAGGCAGAGCAUGAUGAUGUACGCCAGGCCAGGGGUGAGAAGCAGGCAGAGCAUGAUGAUGUACGCCAGGCCAGGGGUGAGAAGCACGCAGAGCAUGAUGAUGUACGCCAGGCCAGGGGUGAGAAGCAGGCAGAGCAUGAUGAUGUACGCCAGGCCAGGGGUGAGAAGCACGGCAGAGCAUGAUGAUGUACGCCAGGCCAGGGGUGAGAAGCAGGCAGAGCAUGAUGAUGUACGCCAGGCCAGGGGUGAGAAGCAGGCAGAGCAUGAUGAUGUACGCCAGGCCAGGGGUGAGAAGCACGCAGAGCAUGAUGAUGUACGCCAGGCCAGGGGUGAGAAGCAGGCAGAGCAUGAUGAUGUACGCCAGGCCAGGGGUGAGAAGCAGGCAGAGCAUGAUGAUGUACGCCAGGCCAGGGGUGAGAAGCAGGCAGAGCAUGAUGAUGUACGCCAGGCCAGGGGUGAGAAGCACGCAGAGCAUGAUGAUGUACGCCAGGCCAGGGGUGAGAAGCAGGCAGAGCAUGAUGAUGUACGCCAGGCCAGGGGUGAGAAGCAGGCAGAGCAUGAUGAUGUACGCCAGGCCAGGGGUGAGAAGCAGGCAGAGCAUGAUGAUGUACGCCAGGCCAGGGGUGAGAAGCAGGCAGAGCAUGAUGAUGUACGCCAGGCCAGGGGUGAGAAGCAGGCAGAGCAUGAUGAUGUACGCCAGGCCAGGGGUGAGAAGCAGGCAGAGCAUGAUGAUGUACGCCAGGCCAGGGGUGAGAAGCAGGCAGAGCAUGAUGAUGUACGCCAGGCCAGGGGUGAGAAGCAGGCAGAGCAUGAUGAUGUACGCCAGGCCAGGGGUGAGAAGCACGCAGAGCAUGAUGAUGUACGCCAGGCCAGGGGUGAGAAGCACGCAGAGCAUGAUGAUGUACGCCAGGCCAGGGGUGAGAAGCACGCAGAGCAUGAUGAUGUACGCCAGGCCAGGGGUGAGAAGCACGCAGAGCAUGAUGAUGUACGCCAGGCCAGGGGUGAGAAGCACGCAGAGCAUGAUGAUGUACGCCAGGCCAGGGGUGAGAAGCAGGCAGAGCAUGAUGAUGUACGCCAGGCCAGGGGUGAGAAGCAGGCAGAGCAUGAUGAUGUACGCCAGGCCAGGGGUGAGAAGCAGGCAGAGCAUGAUGAUGUACGCCAGGCCAGGGGUGAGAAGCAGGCAGAGCAUGAUGAUGUACGCCAGGCCAGGGGUGAGAAGCACGCAGAGCAUGAUGAUGUACGCCAGGCCAGGGGUGAGAAGCACGCAGAGCAUGAUGAUGUACGCCAGGCCAGGGGUGAGAAGCACGCAGAGCAUGAUGAUGUACGCCAGGCCAGGGGUGAGAAGCACGCAGAGCAUGAUGAUGUACGCCAGGCCAGGGGUGAGAAGCAGGCAGAGCAUGAUGAUGUACGCCAGGCCAGGGGUGAGAAGCAGGCAGAGCAUGAUGAUGUACGCCAGGCCAGGGGUGAGAAGCACGCAGAGCAUGAUGAUGUACGCCAGGCCAGGGGUGAGAAGCAGGCAGAGCAUGAUGAUGUACGCCAGGCCAGGGGUGAGAAGCAGGCAGAGCAUGAUGAUGUACGCCAGGCCAGGGGUGAGAAGCAGGCAGAGCAUGAUGAUGUACGCCAGGCCAGGGGUGAGAAGCAGGCAGAGCAUGAUGAUGUACGCCAGGCCAGGGGUGAGAAGCAGGCAGAGCAUGAUGAUGUACGCCAGGCCAGGGGUGAGAAGCAGGCAGAGCAUGAUGAUGUACGCCAGGCCAGGGGUGAGAAGCACGCAGAGCAUGAUGAUGUACGCCAGGCCAGGGGUGAGAAGCACGCAGAGCAUGAUGAUGUACGCCAGGCCAGGGGUGAGAAGCACGCAGAGCAUGAUGAUGUACGCCAGGCCAGGGGUGAGAAGCACGCAGAGCAUGAUGAUGUACGCCAGGCCAGGGGUGAGAAGCACGCAGAGCAUGAUGAUGUACGCCAGGCCAGGGGUGAGAAGCACGCAGAGCAUGAUGAUGUACGCCAGGCCAGGGGUGAGAAGCACGCAGAGCAUGAUGAUGUACGCCAGGCCAGGGGUGAGAAGCACGCAGAGCAUGAUGAUGUACGCCAGGCCAGGGGUGAGAAGCACGCAGAGCAUGAUGAUGUACGCCAGGCCAGGGGUGAGAAGCACGCAGAGCAUGAUGAUGUACGCCAGGCCAGGGGUGAGAAGCAGGCAGAGCAUGAUGAUGUACGCCAGGCCAGGGGUGAGAAGCAGGCAGAGCAUGAUGAUGUACGCCAGGCCAGGGGUGAGAAGCAGGCAGAGCAUGAUGAUGUACGCCAGGCCAGGGGUGAGAAGCAGGCAGAGCAUGAUGAUGUACGCCAGGCCAGGGGUGAGAAGCAGGCAGAGCAUGAUGAUGUACGCCAGGCCAGGGGUGAGAAGCAGGCAGAGCAUGAUGAUGUACGCCAGGCCAGGGGUGAGAAGCAGGCAGAGCAUGAUGAUGUACGCCAGGCCAGGGGUGAGAAGCAGGCAGAGCAUGAUGAUGUACGCCAGGCCAGGGGUGAGAAGCAGGCAGAGCAUGAUGAUGUACGCCAGGCCAGGGGUGAGAAGCAGGCAGAGCAUGAUGAUGUACGCCAGGCCAGGGGUGAGAAGCAGGCAGAGCAUGAUGAUGUACGCCAGGCCAGGGGUGAGAAGCAGGCAGAGCAUGAUGAUGUACGCCAGGCCAGGGGUGAGAAGCACGCAGAGCAUGAUGAUGUACGCCAGGCCAGGGGUGAGAAGCACGCAGAGCAUGAUGAUGUACGCCAGGCCAGGGGUGAGAAGCACGCAGAGCAUGAUGAUGUACGCCAGGCCAGGGGUGAGAAGCACGCAGAGCAUGAUGAUGUACGCCAGGCCAGGGGUGAGAAGCACGCAGAGCAUGAUGAUGUACGCCAGGCCAGGGGUGAGAAGCACGCAGAGCAUGAUGAUGUACGCCAGGCCAGGGGUGAGAAGCACGCAGAGCAUGAUGAUGUACGCCAGGCCAGGGGUGAGAAGCACGCAGAGCAUGAUGAUGUACGCCAGGCCAGGGGUGAGAAGCAGGCAGAGCAUGAUGAUGUACGCCAGGCCAGGGGUGAGAAGCAGGCAGAGCAUGAUGAUGUACGCCAGGCCAGGGGUGAGAAGCAGGCAGAGCAUGAUGAUGUACGCCAGGCCAGGGGUGAGAAGCAGGCAGAGCAUGAUGAUGUACGCCAGGCCAGGGGUGAGAAGCAGGCAGAGCAUGAUGAUGUACGCCAGGCCAGGGGUGAGAAGCACGCAGAGCAUGAUGAUGUACGCCAGGCCAGGGGUGAGAAGCAGGCAGAGCAUGAUGAUGUACGCCAGGCCAGGGGUGAGAAGCACGCAGAGCAUGAUGAUGUACGCCAGGCCAGGGGUGAGAAGCACGCAGAGCAUGAUGAUGUACGCCAGGCCAGGGGUGAGAAGCACGCAGAGCAUGAUGAUGUACGCCAGGCCAGGGGUGAGAAGCACGCAGAGCAUGAUGAUGUACGCCAGGCCAGGGGUGAGAAGCACGCAGAGCAUGAUGAUGUACGCCAGGCCAGGGGUGAGAAGCAGGCAGAGCAUGAUGAUGUACGCCAGGCCAGGGGUGAGAAGCACGCAGAGCAUGAUGAUGUACGCCAGGCCAGGGGUGAGAAGCACGCAGAGCAUGAUGAUGUACGCCAGGCCAGGGGUGAGAAGCACGCAGAGCAUGAUGAUGUACGCCAGGCCAGGGGUGAGAAGCAGGCAGAGCAUGAUGAUGUACGCCAGGCCAGGGGUGAGAAGCAGGCAGAGCAUGAUGAUGUACGCCAGGCCAGGGGUGAGAAGCACGCAGAGCAUGAUGAUGUACGCCAGGCCAGGGGUGAGAAGCAGGCAGAGCAUGAUGAUGUACGCCAGGCCAGGGGUGAGAAGCAGGCAGAGCAUGAUGAUGUACGCCAGGCCAGGGGUGAGAAGCAGGCAGAGCAUGAUGAUGUACGCCAGGCCAGGGGUGAGAAGCAGGCAGAGCAUGAUGAUGUACGCCAGGCCAGGGGUGAGAAGCAGGCAGAGCAUGAUGAUGUACGCCAGGCCAGGGGUGAGAAGCAGGCAGAGCAUGAUGAUGUACGCCAGGCCAGGGGUGAGAAGCAGGCAGAGCAUGAUGAUGUACGCCAGGCCAGGGGUGAGAAGCACGCAGAGCAUGAUGAUGUACGCCAGGCCAGGGGUGAGAAGCACGCAGAGCAUGAUGAUGUACGCCAGGCCAGGGGUGAGAAGCAGGCAGAGCAUGAUGAUGUACGCCAGGCCAGGGGUGAGAAGCACGCAGAGCAUGAUGAUGUACGCCAGGCCAGGGGUGAGAAGCACGCAGAGCAUGAUGAUGUACGCCAGGCCAGGGGUGAGAAGCAGGCAGAGCAUGAUGAUGUACGCCAGGCCAGGGGUGAGAAGCAGGCAGAGCAUGAUGAUGUACGCCAGGCCAGGGGUGAGAAGCAGGCAGAGCAUGAUGAUGUACGCCAGGCCAGGGGUGAGAAGCAGGCAGAGCAUGAUGAUGUACGCCAGGCCAGGGGUGAGAAGCAGGCAGAGCAUGAUGAUGUACGCCAGGCCAGGGGUGAGAAGCAGGCAGAGCAUGAUGAUGUACGCCAGGCCAGGGGUGAGAAGCACGCAGAGCAUGAUGAUGUACGCCAGGCCAGGGGUGAGAAGCAGCAGAGCAUGAUGAUGUACGCCAGGCCAGGGGUGAGAAGCAGGCAGAGCAUGAUGAUGUACGCCAGGCCAGGGGUGAGAAGCAGGCAGAGCAUGAUGAUGUACGCCAGGCCAGGGGUGAGAAGCACGCAGAGCAUGAUGAUGUACGCCAGGCCAGGGGUGAGAAGCAGGCAGAGCAUGAUGAUGUACGCCAGGCCAGGGGUGAGAAGCAGGCAGAGCAUGAUGAUGUACGCCAGGCCAGGGGUGAGAAGCAGGCAGAGCAUGAUGAUGUACGCCAGGCCAGGGGUGAGAAGCAGGCAGAGCAUGAUGAUGUACGCCAGGCCAGGGGUGAGAAGCAGGCAGAGCAUGAUGAUGUACGCCAGGCCAGGGGUGAGAAGCAGGCAGAGCAUGAUGAUGUACGCCAGGCCAGGGGUGAGAAGCAGGCAGAGCAUGAUGAUGUACGCCAGGCCAGGGGUGAGAAGCAGGCAGAGCAUGAUGAUGUACGCCAGGCCAGGGGUGAGAAGCACGCAGAGCAUGAUGAUGUACGCCAGGCCAGGGGUGAGAAGCACGCAGAGCAUGAUGAUGUACGCCAGGCCAGGGGUGAGAAGCAGGCAGAGCAUGAUGAUGUACGCCAGGCCAGGGGUGAGAAGCACGCAGAGCAUGAUGAUGUACGCCAGGCCAGGGGUGAGAAGCACGCAGAGCAUGAUGAUGUACGCCAGGCCAGGGGUGAGAAGCAGGCAGAGCAUGAUGAUGUACGCCAGGCCAGGGGUGAGAAGCAGGCAGAGCAUGAUGAUGUACGCCAGGCCAGGGGUGAGAAGCAGGCAGAGCAUGAUGAUGUACGCCAGGCCAGGGGUGAGAAGCACGCAGAGCAUGAUGAUGUACGCCAGGCCAGGGGUGAGAAGCACGCAGAGCAUGAUGAUGUACGCCAGGCCAGGGGUGAGAAGCACGCAGAGCAUGAUGAUGUACGCCAGGCCAGGGGUGAGAAGCACGCAGAGCAUGAUGAUGUACGCCAGGCCAGGGGUGAGAAGCAGGCAGAGCAUGAUGAUGUACGCCAGGCCAGGGGUGAGAAGCAGGCAGAGCAUGAUGAUGUACGCCAGGCCAGGGGUGAGAAGCAGGCAGAGCAUGAUGAUGUACGCCAGGCCAGGGGUGAGAAGCACGCAGAGCAUGAUGAUGUACGCCAGGCCAGGGGUGAGAAGCACGCAGAGCAUGAUGAUGUACGCCAGGCCAGGGGUGAGAAGCACGCAGAGCAUGAUGAUGUACGCCAGGCCAGGGGUGAGAAGCACGCAGAGCAUGAUGAUGUACGCCAGGCCAGGGGUGAGAAGCACGCAGAGCAUGAUGAUGUACGCCAGGCCAGGGGUGAGAAGCACGCAGAGCAUGAUGAUGUACGCCAGGCCAGGGGUGAGAAGCACGCAGAGCAUGAUGAUGUACGCCAGGCCAGGGGUGAGAAGCACGCAGAGCAUGAUGAUGUACGCCAGGCCAGGGGUGAGAAGCACGCAGAGCAUGAUGAUGUACGCCAGGCCAGGGGUGAGAAGCACGCAGAGCAUGAUGAUGUACGCCAGGCCAGGGGUGAGAAGCAGGCAGAGCAUGAUGAUGUACGCCAGGCCAGGGGUGAGAAGCAGGCAGAGCAUGAUGAUGUACGCCAGGCCAGGGGUGAGAAGCAGGCAGAGCAUGAUGAUGUACGCCAGGCCAGGGGUGAGAAGCAGGCAGAGCAUGAUGAUGUACGCCAGGCCAGGGGUGAGAAGCAGGCAGAGCAUGAUGAUGUACGCCAGGCCAGGGGUGAGAAGCAGGCAGAGCAUGAUGAUGUACGCCAGGCCAGGGGUGAGAAGCAGGCAGAGCAUGAUGAUGUACGCCAGGCCAGGGGUGAGAAGCAGGCAGAGCAUGAUGAUGUACGCCAGGCCAGGGGUGAGAAGCAGGCAGAGCAUGAUGAUGUACGCCAGGCCAGGGGUGAGAAGCACGCAGAGCAUGAUGAUGUACGCCAGGCCAGGGGUGAGAAGCAGGCAGAGCAUGAUGAUGUACGCCAGGCCAGGGGUGAGAAGCAGGCAGAGCAUGAUGAUGUACGCCAGGCCAGGGGUGAGAAGCAGGCAGAGCAUGAUGAUGUACGCCAGGCCAGGGGUGAGAAGCAGGCAGAGCAUGAUGAUGUACGCCAGGCCAGGGGUGAGAAGCAGGCAGAGCAUGAUGAUGUACGCCAGGCCAGGGGUGAGAAGCAGGCAGAGCAUGAUGAUGUACGCCAGGCCAGGGGUGAGAAGCAGGCAGAGCAUGAUGAUGUACGCCAGGCCAGGGGUGAGAAGCAGGCAGAGCAUGAUGAUGUACGCCAGGCCAGGGGUGAGAAGCACGCAGAGCAUGAUGAUGUACGCCAGGCCAGGGGUGAGAAGCACGCAGAGCAUGAUGAUGUACGCCAGGCCAGGGGUGAGAAGCACGCAGAGCAUGAUGAUGUACGCCAGGCCAGGGGUGAGAAGCAGGCAGAGCAUGAUGAUGUACGCCAGGCCAGGGGUGAGAAGCAGGCAGAGCAUGAUGAUGUACGCCAGGCCAGGGGUGAGAAGCACGCAGAGCAUGAUGAUGUACGCCAGGCCAGGGGUGAGAAGCACGCAGAGCAUGAUGAUGUACGCCAGGCCAGGGGUGAGAAGCACGCAGAGCAUGAUGAUGUACGCCAGGCCAGGGGUGAGAAGCACGCAGAGCAUGAUGAUGUACGCCAGGCCAGGGGUGAGAAGCACGCAGAGCAUGAUGAUGUACGCCAGGCCAGGGGUGAGAAGCAGGCAGAGCAUGAUGAUGUACGCCAGGCCAGGGGUGAGAAGCACGCAGAGCAUGAUGAUGUACGCCAGGCCAGGGGUGAGAAGCACGCAGAGCAUGAUGAUGUACGCCAGGCCAGGGGUGAGAAGCAGGCAGAGCAUGAUGAUGUACGCCAGGCCAGGGGUGAGAAGCAGGCAGAGCAUGAUGAUGUACGCCAGGCCAGGGGUGAGAAGCAGGCAGAGCAUGAUGAUGUACGCCAGGCCAGGGGUGAGAAGCACGCAGAGCAUGAUGAUGUACGCCAGGCCAGGGGUGAGAAGCACGCAGAGCAUGAUGAUGUACGCCAGGCCAGGGGUGAGAAGCAGGCAGAGCAUGAUGAUGUACGCCAGGCCAGGGGUGAGAAGCAGGCAGAGCAUGAUGAUGUACGCCAGGCCAGGGGUGAGAAGCACGCAGAGCAUGAUGAUGUACGCCAGGCCAGGGGUGAGAAGCACGCAGAGCAUGAUGAUGUACGCCAGGCCAGGGGUGAGAAGCAGGCAGAGCAUGAUGAUGUACGCCAGGCCAGGGGUGAGAAGCACGCAGAGCAUGAUGAUGUACGCCAGGCCAGGGGUGAGAAGCACGCAGAGCAUGAUGAUGUACGCCAGGCCAGGGGUGAGAAGCACGCAGAGCAUGAUGAUGUACGCCAGGCCAGGGGUGAGAAGCACGCAGAGCAUGAUGAUGUACGCCAGGCCAGGGGUGAGAAGCAGGCAGAGCAUGAUGAUGUACGCCAGGCCAGGGGUGAGAAGCAGGCAGAGCAUGAUGAUGUACGCCAGGCCAGGGGUGAGAAGCACGCAGAGCAUGAUGAUGUACGCCAGGCCAGGGGUGAGAAGCAGGCAGAGCAUGAUGAUGUACGCCAGGCCAGGGGUGAGAAGCAGGCAGAGCAUGAUGAUGUACGCCAGGCCAGGGGUGAGAAGCAGGCAGAGCAUGAUGAUGUACGCCAGGCCAGGGGUGAGAAGCACGCAGAGCAUGAUGAUGUACGCCAGGCCAGGGGUGAGAAGCACGCAGAGCAUGAUGAUGUACGCCAGGCCAGGGGUGAGAAGCACGCAGAGCAUGAUGAUGUACGCCAGGCCAGGGGUGAGAAGCAGGCAGAGCAUGAUGAUGUACGCCAGGCCAGGGGUGAGAAGCACGCAGAGCAUGAUGAUGUACGCCAGGCCAGGGGUGAGAAGCACGCAGAGCAUGAUGAUGUACGCCAGGCCAGGGGUGAGAAGCAGGCAGAGCAUGAUGAUGUACGCCAGGCCAGGGGUGAGAAGCAGGCAGAGCAUGAUGAUGUACGCCAGGCCAGGGGUGAGAAGCAGGCAGAGCAUGAUGAUGUACGCCAGGCCAGGGGUGAGAAGCAGGCAGAGCAUGAUGAUGUACGCCAGGCCAGGGGUGAGAAGCAGGCAGAGCAUGAUGAUGUACGCCAGGCCAGGGGUGAGAAGCAGGCAGAGCAUGAUGAUGUACGCCAGGCCAGGGGUGAGAAGCAGGCAGAGCAUGAUGAUGUACGCCAGGCCAGGGGUGAGAAGCAGGCAGAGCAUGAUGAUGUACGCCAGGCCAGGGGUGAGAAGCAGGCAGAGCAUGAUGAUGUACGCCAGGCCAGGGGUGAGAAGCACGCAGAGCAUGAUGAUGUACGCCAGGCCAGGGGUGAGAAGCACGCAGAGCAUGAUGAUGUACGCCAGGCCAGGGGUGAGAAGCACGCAGAGCAUGAUGAUGUACGCCAGGCCAGGGGUGAGAAGCAGGCAGAGCAUGAUGAUGUACGCCAGGCCAGGGGUGAGAAGCACGCAGAGCAUGAUGAUGUACGCCAGGCCAGGGGUGAGAAGCAGGCAGAGCAUGAUGAUGUACGCCAGGCCAGGGGUGAGAAGCAGGCAGAGCAUGAUGAUGUACGCCAGGCCAGGGGUGAGAAGCACGCAGAGCAUGAUGAUGUACGCCAGGCCAGGGGUGAGAAGCACGCAGAGCAUGAUGAUGUACGCCAGGCCAGGGGUGAGAAGCAGGCAGAGCAUGAUGAUGUACGCCAGGCCAGGGGUGAGAAGCACGCAGAGCAUGAUGAUGUACGCCAGGCCAGGGGUGAGAAGCACGCAGAGCAUGAUGAUGUACGCCAGGCCAGGGGUGAGAAGCAGGCAGAGCAUGAUGAUGUACGCCAGGCCAGGGGUGAGAAGCAGGCAGAGCAUGAUGAUGUACGCCAGGCCAGGGGUGAGAAGCACGCAGAGCAUGAUGAUGUACGCCAGGCCAGGGGUGAGAAGCAGGCAGAGCAUGAUGAUGUACGCCAGGCCAGGGGUGAGAAGCAGGCAGAGCAUGAUGAUGUACGCCAGGCCAGGGGUGAGAAGCACGCAGAGCAUGAUGAUGUACGCCAGGCCAGGGGUGAGAAGCACGCAGAGCAUGAUGAUGUACGCCAGGCCAGGGGUGAGAAGCAGGCAGAGCAUGAUGAUGUACGCCAGGCCAGGGGUGAGAAGCACGCAGAGCAUGAUGAUGUACGCCAGGCCAGGGGUGAGAAGCACGCAGAGCAUGAUGAUGUACGCCAGGCCAGGGGUGAGAAGCACGCAGAGCAUGAUGAUGUACGCCAGGCCAGGGGUGAGAAGCAGGCAGAGCAUGAUGAUGUACGCCAGGCCAGGGGUGAGAAGCAGGCAGAGCAUGAUGAUGUACGCCAGGCCAGGGGUGAGAAGCACGCAGAGCAUGAUGAUGUACGCCAGGCCAGGGGUGAGAAGCACGGCAGAGCAUGAUGAUGUACGCCAGGCCAGGGGUGAGAAGCACGCAGAGCAUGAUGAUGUACGCCAGGCCAGGGGUGAGAAGCACGCAGAGCAUGAUGAUGUACGCCAGGCCAGGGGUGAGAAGCAGGCAGAGCAUGAUGAUGUACGCCAGGCCAGGGGUGAGAAGCAGGCAGAGCAUGAUGAUGUACGCCAGGCCAGGGGUGAGAAGCAGGCAGAGCAUGAUGAUGUACGCCAGGCCAGGGGUGAGAAGCACGCAGAGCAUGAUGAUGUACGCCAGGCCAGGGGUGAGAAGCACGCAGAGCAUGAUGAUGUACGCCAGGCCAGGGGUGAGAAGCAGGCAGAGCAUGAUGAUGUACGCCAGGCCAGGGGUGAGAAGCAGGCAGAGCAUGAUGAUGUACGCCAGGCCAGGGGUGAGAAGCAGGCAGAGCAUGAUGAUGUACGCCAGGCCAGGGGUGAGAAGCACGCAGAGCAUGAUGAUGUACGCCAGGCCAGGGGUGAGAAGCAGGCAGAGCAUGAUGAUGUACGCCAGGCCAGGGGUGAGAAGCACGCAGAGCAUGAUGAUGUACGCCAGGCCAGGGGUGAGAAGCACGCAGAGCAUGAUGAUGUACGCCAGGCCAGGGGUGAGAAGCAGGCAGAGCAUGAUGAUGUACGCCAGGCCAGGGGUGAGAAGCAGGCAGAGCAUGAUGAUAGCAUGAUGAUGUACGCCAGGCCAGGGGUGAGAAGCAGGCAGAGCAUGAUGAUGUACGCCAGGCCAGGGGUGAGAAGCAGGCAGAGCAUGAUGAUGUACGCCAGGCCAGGGGUGAGAAGCACGCAGAGCAUGAUGAUGUACGCCAGGCCAGGGGUGAGAAGCACGCAGAGCAUGAUGAUGUACGCCAGGCCAGGGGUGAGAAGCAGGCAGAGCAUGAUGAUGUACGCCAGGCCAGGGGUGAGAAGCACGCAGAGCAUGAUGAUGUACGCCAGGCCAGGGGUGAGAAGCAGGCAGAGCAUGAUGAUGUACGCCAGGCCAGGGGUGAGAAGCAGGCAGAGCAUGAUGAUGUACGCCAGGCCAGGGGUGAGAAGCAGGCAGAGCAUGAUGAUGUACGCCAGGCCAGGGGUGAGAAGCAGGCAGAGCAUGAUGAUGUACGCCAGGCCAGGGGUGAGAAGCACGCAGAGCAUGAUGAUGUACGCCAGGCCAGGGGUGAGAAGCAGGCAGAGCAUGAUGAUGUACGCCAGGCCAGGGGUGAGAAGCACGCAGAGCAUGAUGAUGUACGCCAGGCCAGGGGUGAGAAGCACGCAGAGCAUGAUGAUGUACGCCAGGCCAGGGGUGAGAAGCACGCAGAGCAUGAUGAUGUACGCCAGGCCAGGGGUGAGAAGCACGCAGAGCAUGAUGAUGUACGCCAGGCCAGGGGUGAGAAGCAGGCAGAGCAUGAUGAUGUACGCCAGGCCAGGGGUGAGAAGCAGGCAGAGCAUGAUGAUGUACGCCAGGCCAGGGGUGAGAAGCACGCAGAGCAUGAUGAUGUACGCCAGGCCAGGGGUGAGAAGCACGCAGAGCAUGAUGAUGUACGCCAGGCCAGGGGUGAGAAGCACGCAGAGCAUGAUGAUGUACGCCAGGCCAGGGGUGAGAAGCAGGCAGAGCAUGAUGAUGUACGCCAGGCCAGGGGUGAGAAGCAGGCAGAGCAUGAUGAUGUACGCCAGGCCAGGGGUGAGAAGCAGGCAGAGCAUGAUGAUGUACGCCAGGCCAGGGGUGAGAAGCACGCAGAGCAUGAUGAUGUACGCCAGGCCAGGGGUGAGAAGCAGGCAGAGCAUGAUGAUGUACGCCAGGCCAGGGGUGAGAAGCACGCAGAGCAUGAUGAUGUACGCCAGGCCAGGGGUGAGAAGCAGGCAGAGCAUGAUGAUGUACGCCAGGCCAGGGGUGAGAAGCACGCAGAGCAUGAUGAUGUACGCCAGGCCAGGGGUGAGAAGCACGCAGAGCAUGAUGAUGUACGCCAGGCCAGGGGUGAGAAGCAGGCAGAGCAUGAUGAUGUACGCCAGGCCAGGGGUGAGAAGCACGCAGAGCAUGAUGAUGUACGCCAGGCCAGGGGUGAGAAGCAGGCAGAGCAUGAUGAUGUACGCCAGGCCAGGGGUGAGAAGCAGGCAGAGCAUGAUGAUGUACGCCAGGCCAGGGGUGAGAAGCACGCAGAGCAUGAUGAUGUACGCCAGGCCAGGGGUGAGAAGCACGCAGAGCAUGAUGAUGUACGCCAGGCCAGGGGUGAGAAGCACGCAGAGCAUGAUGAUGUACGCCAGGCCAGGGGUGAGAAGCACGCAGAGCAUGAUGAUGUACGCCAGGCCAGGGGUGAGAAGCACGCAGAGCAUGAUGAUGUACGCCAGGCCAGGGGUGAGAAGCAGGCAGAGCAUGAUGAUGUACGCCAGGCCAGGGGUGAGAAGCACGCAGAGCAUGAUGAUGUACGCCAGGCCAGGGGUGAGAAGCACGCAGAGCAUGAUGAUGUACGCCAGGCCAGGGGUGAGAAGCAGGCAGAGCAUGAUGAUGUACGCCAGGCCAGGGGUGAGAAGCAGGCAGAGCAUGAUGAUGUACGCCAGGCCAGGGGUGAGAAGCACGCAGAGCAUGAUGAUGUACGCCAGGCCAGGGGUGAGAAGCAGGCAGAGCAUGAUGAUGUACGCCAGGCCAGGGGUGAGAAGCACGCAGAGCAUGAUGAUGUACGCCAGGCCAGGGGCCAGGGGUGAGAAGCAGGCAGAGCAUGAUGAUGUACGCCAGGCCAGGGGUGAGAAGCAGCAGAGCAUGAUGAUGUACGCCAGGCCAGGGGUGAGAAGCACGCAGAGCAUGAUGAUGUACGCCAGGCCAGGGGUGAGAAGCACGCAGAGCAUGAUGAUGUACGCCAGGCCAGGGGUGAGAAGCACGCAGAGCAUGAUGAUGUACGCCAGGCCAGGGGUGAGAAGCACGCAGAGCAUGAUGAUGUACGCCAGGCCAGGGGUGAGAAGCACGCAGAGCAUGAUGAUGUACGCCAGGCCAGGGGUGAGAAGCACGCAGAGCAUGAUGAUGUACGCCAGGCCAGGGGUGAGAAGCAGGCAGAGCAUGAUGAUGUACGCCAGGCCAGGGGUGAGAAGCACGCAGAGCAUGAUGAUGUACGCCAGGCCAGGGGUGAGAAGCACGCAGAGCAUGAUGAUGUACGCCAGGCCAGGGGUGAGAAGCAGGCAGAGCAUGAUGAUGUACGCCAGGCCAGGGGUGAGAAGCAGGCAGAGCAUGAUGAUGUACGCCAGGCCAGGGGUGAGAAGCAGGCAGAGCAUGAUGAUGUACGCCAGGCCAGGGGUGAGAAGCAGGCAGAGCAUGAUGAUGUACGCCAGGCCAGGGGUGAGAAGCACGCAGAGCAUGAUGAUGUACGCCAGGCCAGGGGUGAGAAGCAGGCAGAGCAUGAUGAUGUACGCCAGGCCAGGGGUGAGAAGCAGGCAGAGCAUGAUGAUGCAGAGCAUGAUGAUGUACGCCAGGCCAGGGGUGAGAAGCACGCAGAGCAUGAUGAUGUACGCCAGGCCAGGGGUGAGAAGCAGGCAGAGCAUGAUGAUGUACGCCAGGCCAGGGGUGAGAAGCAGGCAGAGCAUGAUGAUGUACGCCAGGCCAGGGGUGAGAAGCACGCAGAGCAUGAUGAUGUACGCCAGGCCAGGGGUGAGAAGCACGCAGAGCAUGAUGAUGUACGCCAGGCCAGGGGUGAGAAGCAGGCAGAGCAUGAUGAUGUACGCCAGGCCAGGGGUGAGAAGCACGCAGAGCAUGAUGAUGUACGCCAGGCCAGGGGUGAGAAGCACGCAGAGCAUGAUGAUGUACGCCAGGCCAGGGGUGAGAAGCACGCAGAGCAUGAUGAUGUACGCCAGGCCAGGGGUGAGAAGCACGGCAGAGCAUGAUGAUGUACGCCAGGCCAGGGGUGAGAAGCACGCAGAGCAUGAUGAUGUACGCCAGGCCAGGGGUGAGAAGCACGCAGAGCAUGAUGAUGUACGCCAGGCCAGGGGUGAGAAGCACGCAGAGCAUGAUGAUGUACGCCAGGCCAGGGGUGAGAAGCAGGCAGAGCAUGAUGAUGUACGCCAGGCCAGGGGUGAGAAGCAGGCAGAGCAUGAUGAUGUACGCCAGGCCAGGGGUGAGAAGCAGCAGAGCAUGAUGAUGUACGCCAGGCCAGGGGUGAGAAGCAGGCAGAGCAUGAUGAUGUACGCCAGGCCAGGGGUGAGAAGCACGCAGAGCAUGAUGAUGUACGCCAGGCCAGGGGUGAGAAGCAGGCAGAGCAUGAUGAUGUACGCCAGGCCAGGGGUGAGAAGCAGGCAGAGCAUGAUGAUGUACGCCAGGCCAGGGGUGAGAAGCACGCAGAGCAUGAUGAUGUACGCCAGGCCAGGGGUGAGAAGCAGGCAGAGCAUGAUGAUGUACGCCAGGCCAGGGGUGAGAAGCAGGCAGAGCAUGAUGAUGUACGCCAGGCCAGGGGUGAGAAGCAGGCAGAGCAUGAUGAUGUACGCCAGGCCAGGGGUGAGAAGCACGCAGAGCAUGAUGAUGUACGCCAGGCCAGGGGUGAGAAGCACGCAGAGCAUGAUGAUGUACGCCAGGCCAGGGGUGAGAAGCACGCAGAGCAUGAUGAUGUACGCCAGGCCAGGGGUGAGAAGCAGGCAGAGCAUGAUGAUGUACGCCAGGCCAGGGGUGAGAAGCACGCAGAGCAUGAUGAUGUACGCCAGGCCAGGGGUGAGAAGCACGCAGAGCAUGAUGAUGUACGCCAGGCCAGGGGUGAGAAGCAGGCAGAGCAUGAUGAUGUACGCCAGGCCAGGGGUGAGAAGCAGGCAGAGCAUGAUGAUGUACGCCAGGCCAGGGGUGAGAAGCAGGCAGAGCAUGAUGAUGUACGCCAGGCCAGGGGUGAGAAGCAGGCAGAGCAUGAUGAUGUACGCCAGGCCAGGGGUGAGAAGCACGCAGAGCAUGAUGAUGUACGCCAGGCCAGGGGUGAGAAGCACGCAGAGCAUGAUGAUGUACGCCAGGCCAGGGGUGAGAAGCACGCAGAGCAUGAUGAUGUACGCCAGGCCAGGGGUGAGAAGCACGCAGAGCAUGAUGAUGUACGCCAGGCCAGGGGUGAGAAGCACGCAGAGCAUGAUGAUGUACGCCAGGCCAGGGGUGAGAAGCACGCAGAGCAUGAUGAUGUACGCCAGGCCAGGGGUGAGAAGCACGCAGAGCAUGAUGAUGUACGCCAGGCCAGGGGUGAGAAGCAGGCAGAGCAUGAUGAUGUACGCCAGGCCAGGGGUGAGAAGCAGGCAGAGCAUGAUGAUGUACGCCAGGCCAGGGGUGAGAAGCACGCAGAGCAUGAUGAUGUACGCCAGGCCAGGGGUGAGAAGCACGCAGAGCAUGAUGAUGUACGCCAGGCCAGGGGUGAGAAGCAGGCAGAGCAUGAUGAUGUACGCCAGGCCAGGGGUGAGAAGCAGGCAGAGCAUGAUGAUGUACGCCAGGCCAGGGGUGAGAAGCAGGCAGAGCAUGAUGAUGUACGCCAGGCCAGGGGUGAGAAGCACGCAGAGCAUGAUGAUGUACGCCAGGCCAGGGGUGAGAAGCACGGCAGAGCAUGAUGAUGUACGCCAGGCCAGGGGUGAGAAGCAGGCAGAGCAUGAUGAUGUACGCCAGGCCAGGGGUGAGAAGCAGGCAGAGCAUGAUGAUGUACGCCAGGCCAGGGGUGAGAAGCAGGCAGAGCAUGAUGAUGUACGCCAGGCCAGGGGUGAGAAGCAGGCAGAGCAUGAUGAUGUACGCCAGGCCAGGGGUGAGAAGCACGCAGAGCAUGAUGAUGUACGCCAGGCCAGGGGUGAGAAGCAGGCAGAGCAUGAUGAUGUACGCCAGGCCAGGGGUGAGAAGCACGCAGAGCAUGAUGAUGUACGCCAGGCCAGGGGUGAGAAGCAGGCAGAGCAUGAUGAUGUACGCCAGGCCAGGGGCCAGGGUGAGAAGCAGGCAGAGCAUGAUGAUGUACGCCAGGCCAGGGGUGAGAAGCAGGCAGAGCAUGAUGAUGUACGCCAGGCCAGGGUGAGAAGCAGGCAGAGCAUGAUGAUGUACGCCAGGCCAGGGGUGAGAAGCACGCAGAGCAUGAUGAUGUACGCCAGGCCAGGGGUGAGAAGCACGCAGAGCAUGAUGAUGUACGCCAGGCCAGGGGUGAGAAGCACGCAGAGCAUGAUGAUGUACGCCAGGCCAGGGGUGAGAAGCACGCAGAGCAUGAUGAUGUACGCCAGGCCAGGGGUGAGAAGCACGCAGAGCAUGAUGAUGUACGCCAGGCCAGGGGUGAGAAGCACGCAGAGCAUGAUGAUGUACGCCAGGCCAGGGGUGAGAAGCACGCAGAGCAUGAUGAUGUACGCCAGGCCAGGGGUGAGAAGCACGCAGAGCAUGAUGAUGUACGCCAGGCCAGGGGUGAGAAGCACGCAGAGCAUGAUGAUGUACGCCAGGCCAGGGGUGAGAAGCACGCAGAGCAUGAUGAUGUACGCCAGGCCAGGGGUGAGAAGCACGCAGAGCAUGAUGAUGUACGCCAGGCCAGGGGUGAGAAGCACGCAGAGCAUGAUGAUGUACGCCAGGCCAGGGGUGAGAAGCACGCAGAGCAUGAUGAUGUACGCCAGGCCAGGGGUGAGAAGCACGCAGAGCAUGAUGAUGUACGCCAGGCCAGGGGUGAGAAGCACGCAGAGCAUGAUGAUGUACGCCAGGCCAGGGGUGAGAAGCACGCAGAGCAUGAUGAUGUACGCCAGGCCAGGGGUGAGAAGCAGGCAGAGCAUGAUGAUGUACGCCAGGCCAGGGGUGAGAAGCAGGCAGAGCAUGAUGAUGUACGCCAGGCCAGGGGUGAGAAGCAGGCAGAGCAUGAUGAUGUACGCCAGGCCAGGGGUGAGAAGCACGCAGAGCAUGAUGAUGUACGCCAGGCCAGGGGUGAGAAGCAGGCAGAGCAUGAUGAUGUACGCCAGGCCAGGGGUGAGAAGCACGCAGAGCAUGAUGAUGUACGCCAGGCCAGGGGUGAGAAGCACGCAGAGCAUGAUGAUGUACGCCAGGCCAGGGGUGAGAAGCACGCAGAGCAUGAUGAUGUACGCCAGGCCAGGGGUGAGAAGCACGCAGAGCAUGAUGAUGUACGCCAGGCCAGGGGUGAGAAGCACGCAGAGCAUGAUGAUGUACGCCAGGCCAGGGGUGAGAAGCAGGCAGAGCAUGAUGAUGUACGCCAGGCCAGGGGUGAGAAGCACGCAGAGCAUGAUGAUGUACGCCAGGCCAGGGGUGAGAAGCAGGCAGAGCAUGAUGAUGUACGCCAGGCCAGGGGUGAGAAGCAGGCAGAGCAUGAUGAUGUACGCCAGGCCAGGGGUGAGAAGCACGCAGAGCAUGAUGAUGUACGCCAGGCCAGGGGUGAGAAGCACGCAGAGCAUGAUGAUGUACGCCAGGCCAGGGGUGAGAAGCAGGCAGAGCAUGAUGAUGUACGCCAGGCCAGGGGUGAGAAGCACGCAGAGCAUGAUGAUGUACGCCAGGCCAGGGGUGAGAAGCAGGCAGAGCAUGAUGAUGUACGCCAGGCCAGGGGUGAGAAGCAGGCAGAGCAUGAUGAUGUACGCCAGGCCAGGGGUGAGAAGCAGGCAGAGCAUGAUGAUGUACGCCAGGCCAGGGGUGAGAAGCACGCAGAGCAUGAUGAUGUACGCCAGGCCAGGGGUGAGAAGCACGCAGAGCAUGAUGAUGUACGCCAGGCCAGGGGUGAGAAGCACGCAGAGCAUGAUGAUGUACGCCAGGCCAGGGGUGAGAAGCACGCAGAGCAUGAUGAUGUACGCCAGGCCAGGGGUGAGAAGCACGCAGAGCAUGAUGAUGUACGCCAGGCCAGGGGUGAGAAGCACGCAGAGCAUGAUGAUGUACGCCAGGCCAGGGGUGAGAAGCACGCAGAGCAUGAUGAUGUACGCCAGGCCAGGGGUGAGAAGCAGGCAGAGCAUGAUGAUGUACGCCAGGCCAGGGGUGAGAAGCACGGCAGAGCAUGAUGAUGUACGCCAGGCCAGGGGUGAGAAGCACGCAGAGCAUGAUGAUGUACGCCAGGCCAGGGGUGAGAAGCAGGCAGAGCAUGAUGAUGUACGCCAGGCCAGGGGUGAGAAGCACGCAGAGCAUGAUGAUGUACGCCAGGCCAGGGGUGAGAAGCACGCAGAGCAUGAUGAUGUACGCCAGGCCAGGGGUGAGAAGCAGGCAGAGCAUGAUGAUGUACGCCAGGCCAGGGGUGAGAAGCAGGCAGAGCAUGAUGUACCAGGCCAGGGGCCAGGGGUGAGAAGCAGGCAGAGCAUGAUGAUGUACGCCAGGCCAGGGGUGAGAAGCACGCAGAGCAUGAUGAUGUACGCCAGGCCAGGGGUGAGAAGCACGCAGAGCAUGAUGAUGUACGCCAGGCCAGGGGUGAGAAGCAGGCAGAGCAUGAUGAUGUACGCCAGGCCAGGGGUGAGAAGCACGCAGAGCAUGAUGAUGUACGCCAGGCCAGGGGUGAGAAGCAGGCAGAGCAUGAUGAUGUACGCCAGGCCAGGGGUGAGAAGCAGGCAGAGCAUGAUGAUGUACGCCAGGCCAGGGGUGAGAAGCACGCAGAGCAUGAUGAUGUACGCCAGGCCAGGGGUGAGAAGCAGGCAGAGCAUGAUGAUGUACGCCAGGCCAGGGGUGAGAAGCACGCAGAGCAUGAUGAUGUACGCCAGGCCAGGGGUGAGAAGCAUGCAGAGCAUGAUGAUGUACGCCAGGCCAGGGGUGAGAAGCACGCAGAGCAUGAUGAUGUACGCCAGGCCAGGGGUGAGAAGCACGCAGAGCAUGAUGAUGUACGCCAGGCCAGGGGUGAGAAGCACGCAGAGCAUGAUGAUGUACGCCAGGCCAGGGGUGAGAAGCAGGCAGAGCAUGAUGAUGUACGCCAGGCCAGGGGUGAGAAGCACGCAGAGCAUGAUGAUGUACGCCAGGCCAGGGGUGAGAAGCACGCAGAGCAUGAUGAUGUACGCCAGGCCAGGGGUGAGAAGCAGGCAGAGCAUGAUGAUGUACGCCAGGCCAGGGGUGAGAAGCACGCAGAGCAUGAUGAUGUACGCCAGGCCAGGGGUGAGAAGCACGCAGAGCAUGAUGAUGUACGCCAGGCCAGGGGUGAGAAGCACGCAGAGCAUGAUGAUGUACGCCAGGCCAGGGGUGAGAAGCACGCAGAGCAUGAUGAUGUACGCCAGGCCAGGGGUGAGAAGCAGGCAGAGCAUGAUGAUGCCAGGGGUGAGAAGCAGGCAGAGCAUGAUGAUGUACGCCAGGCCAGGGGUGAGAAGCACGCAGAGCAUGAUGAUGUACGCCAGGCCAGGGGUGAGAAGCACGCAGAGCAUGAUGAUGUACGCCAGGCCAGGGGUGAGAAGCAGGCAGAGCAUGAUGAUGUACGCCAGGCCAGGGGUGAGAAGCACGCAGAGCAUGAUGAUGUACGCCAGGCCAGGGGUGAGAAGCACGCAGAGCAUGAUGAUGUACGCCAGGCCAGGGGUGAGAAGCAGGCAGAGCAUGAUGAUGUACGCCAGGCCAGGGGUGAGAAGCAGGCAGAGCAUGAUGAUGUACGCCAGGCCAGGGGUGAGAAGCAGGCAGAGCAUGAUGAUGUACGCCAGGCCAGGGGUGAGAAGCACGCAGAGCAUGAUGAUGUACGCCAGGCCAGGGGUGAGAAGCAGGCAGAGCAUGAUGAUGUACGCCAGGCCAGGGGUGAGAACCACGCAGAGCAUGAUGAUGUACGCCAGGCCAGGGGUGAGAAGCAGGCAGAGCAUGAUGAUGUACGCCAGGCCAGGGGUCAGAAGCAGGCAGAGCAUGAUGAUGCACGCCAGGCCAGGGGUGAGAAGCACGCAGAGCAUGAUGAUGUACGCCAGGCCAGGGGUGAGAAGCAGGCAGAGCAUGAUGAUGUACGCCAGGCCAGGGGUGAGAAGCAGGCAGAGCAUGAUGAUGUACGCCAGGCCAGGGGUGAGAAGCACGCAGAGCAUGAUGAUGUACGCCAGGCCAGGGGUGAGAAGCACGCAGAGCAUGAUGAUGUACGCCAGGCCAGGGGUGAGAAGCACGCAGAGCAUGAUGAUGUACGCCAGGCCAGGGGUGAGAAGCACGCAGAGCAUGAUGAUGUACGCCAGGCCAGGGGUGAGAAGCACGCAGAGCAUGAUGAUGUACGCCAGGCCAGGGGUGAGAAGCACGCAGAGCAUGAUGAUGUACGCCAGGCCAGGGGUGAGAAGCACGCAGAGCAUGAUGAUGUACGCCAGGCCAGGGGUGAGAAGCACGCAGAGCAUGAUGAUGUACGCCAGGCCAGGGGUGAGAAGCAGGCAGAGCAUGAUGAUGUACGCCAGGCCAGGGGUGAGAACCCCGCAGAGCAUGAUGAUGUACGCCAGGCCAGGGGUGAGAAGCACGCAGAGCAUGAUGAUGUACGCCAGGCCAGGGGUGAGAAGCAGGCAGAGCAUGAUGAUGUACGCCAGGCCAGGGGUGAGAAGCACGCAGAGCAUGAUGAUGUACGCCAGGCCAGGGGUGAGAAGCACGCAGAGCAUGAUGAUGUACGCCAGGCCAGGGGUGAGAAUCAGGCAGAGCAUGAUGAUGUACGCCAGGCCAGGGGUGAGAAGCAGGCAGAGCAUGAUGAUGUACGCCAGGCCAGGGGUGAGAAGCACGCAGAGCAUGAUGAUGUACGCCAGGCCAGGGGUGAGAAGCACGCAGAGCAUGAUGAUGUACGCCAGGCCAGGGGUGAGAAGCAGGCAGAGCAUGAUGAUGUACGCCAGGCCAGGGGUGAGAACCAUGCAGAGCAUGAUGAUGUACGCCAGGCCAGGGGUGAGAAGCAGGCAGAGCAUGAUGAUGUACGCCAGGCCAGGGGUGAGAACCACGCAGAGCAUGAUGAUGCACGCCAGGCCAGGGGUGAGAAGCACGCAGAGCAUGAUGAUGUACGCCAGGCCAGGGGUGAGAAGCACGCAGAGCAUGAUGAUGCACGCCAGGCCAGGGGUGAGAAGCAGGCAGAGCAUGAUGAUGUACGCCAGGCCAGGGGUGAGAAGCAGGCAGAGCAUGAUGAUGUACGCCAGGCCAGGGGUGAGAAGCAGGCAGAGCAUGAUGAUGUACGCCAGGCCAGGGGUGAGAAUCACGCAGAGCAUGAUGAUGUACGCCAGGCCAGGGGUGAGAAGCACGCAGAGCAUGAUGAUGUACGCCAGGCCAGGGGUGAGAAGCAGGCAGAGCAUGAUGAUGUACGCCAGGCCAGGGGUGAGAAGCAGGCAGAGCAUGAUGAUGUACGCCAGGCCAGGGGUGAGAAGCACGCAGAGCAUGAUGAUGUACGCCAGGCCAGGGGUGAGAAGCACGCAGAGCAUGAUGAUGUACGCCAGGCCAGGGGUGAGAAGCACGCAGAGCAUGAUGAUGUACGCCAGGCCAGGGGUGAGAAGCAGGCAGAGCAUGAUGAUGUACGCCAGGCCAGGGGUGAGAAGCACGCAGAGCAUGAUGAUGUACGCCAGGCCAGGGGUGAGAAGCACGCAGAGCAUGAUGAUGUACGCCAGGCCAGGGGUAAGAAGCAGGCAGAGCAUGAUGAUGUACGCCAGGCCAGGGGUGAGAACCACGCAGAGCAUGAUGAUGUACGCCAGGCCAGGGGUGAGAAGCACGCAGAGCAUGAUGAUGUACGCCAGGCCAGGGGUGAGAAGCAGGCAGAGCAUGAUGAUGCACGCCAGGCCAGGGGUGAGAAGCACGCAGAGCAUGAUGAUGUACGCCAGGCCAGGGGUGAGAAGCAGGCAGAGCAUGAUGAUGUACGCCAGGCCAGGGGUGAGAAGCAGGCAGAGCAUGAUGAUGUACGCCAGGCCAGGGGUGAGAAGCACGCAGAGCAUGAUGAUGUACGCCAGGCCAGGGGUGAGAAGCACGCAGAGCAUGAUGAUGUACGCCAGGCCAGGGGUGAGAAGCACGCAGAGCAUGAUGAUGUACGCCAGGCCAGGGGUGAGAAGCCCGCAGAGCAUGAUGAUGUACGCCAGGCCAGGGGUGAGAAGCACGCAGAGCAUGAUGAUGUACGCCAGGCCAGGGGUGAGAAGCACGCAGAGCAUGAUGAUGUACGCCAGGCCAGGGGUGAGAAGCACGCAGAGCAUGAUGAUGUACGCCAGGCCAGGGGUGAGAAGCACGCAGAGCAUGAUGAUGUACGCCAGGCCAGGGGUGAGAAGCACGCAGAGCAUGAUGAUGUACGCCAGGCCAGGGGUGAGAAGCACGCAGAGCAUGAUGAUGUACGCCAGGCCAGGGGUGAGAAGCACGCAGAGCAUGAUGAUGUACGCCAGGCCAGGGGUGAGAAGCACGCAGAGCAUGAUGAUGUACGCCAGGCCAGGGGUGAGAAGCAGGCAGAGCAUGAUGCCCUAUUACUAUGUCGUUGCACGUUCCUUUGCUUUCUCGCAGAACGAGCGGCAGCGAUAA